AAAUCUAAUAUGGCCGCCAAUAUGGAUAUCCAGGAUUUAGCUGCAAGUUUGCGUCCAAACCGGGAACUUUUAAAUCCAAAAUUUGAUGGUUAUAAACUAUCCCCAGAUCAGCUUGCAGUGGAAGUCUCCUCAUUGCCAGAACAAGUAAAUACUGUCCGUCUUAAAGAAGAUAUAUUUUCCCAUCUACACGUCAAAGCGUUCGCCUGGACGAACCAUCUCGUGUUGGAUAACUGGACGGCGGACAACGGGAGAAUAUUGCUGUAUUUUGUGGACGAGAAUUUCGCCGUAAAUCAAGUUACUGUGAAGGAUAAUAAAGUUCAAGAGGUGUACAAGACCUUCAACAUCCCUCCAGCGAAUCAAGGCACACCACACAAUCUUAAUGCAUAUGUAGCAUUUCCCAGUAAAACACAUGCUGUCGUAUCAGAUGGUCAGGGAGAACUCUAUGUCAUCCACACCGGCAAUCGUCUUGAUAAGCACACCUGGAAGGUUGCUCAAAUGCAAAGUGUUGGCAAGCCGUUUUCUAUUUUGCACACUAACCUUGAGCCAACCUCUAGCUCUUUGGCUGCUGUUUUAUUGAGUGUCACCCCUGAUGAAGACAGUGGUUCCUUUCACGUUAAACACAGAGUCCUGCUGACUGUUCUUGUAUUUGCUGGUGAAGUUGGAGAGAAUGGUGCGGUGAAGUUUAGUUUUGAAACACAAAAAGAAUUUCAGAGCCAUGUGGUGCCCUUGUAUGGAGCUAUUGAGCCCGGCAAUCAGAAAAUCUUGGUGGCAACUGAGAAACCAUUUUUCUUGGUUUCUGAUAAAGAUGAAGAUUGCCCAGAUCAAGGAUUUGAAGACAUCUGUUCAGGCACACAAGAAAAAUACCAACAGUCGACGAAGGACAAAGCAAGUAAACUGUGUAAUCAAGAGGAGUUGGAAGAAUGCGAUUCUCUGCCUGAAGAUGUGUUAUACAUUGUGAGAAUGGACUUGAAGGAUGGUAGAAUCACCCAAAAAACCAGCUUGUCAACCCAUCAAUGGCUAUUUACCAAAAUGAUAAACCCAAGUGAGCCACCUUCCUUCUGCAUCAGGCAUGACGUGGAUGCCCUUGUUUGGUUGCCAAAGGAGGUAGAUGGACAAAUUACAUGGAACCACAUUGGUACCUUGGACGCGUUUGGCUUUGUACUUGCGUCAAAGAAAGAGCAAAAGUUUACAUCAUGUUCACCUGAUAUGUCCUACGCAGUUAUCUGUGAUGUUAGAAAUCACAUCUUCACAUAUCAUCGCCAUUCAAAACAAGAUGCUGUACAUGCGCAGCAAAAGUUAUUACAGCUUGAUAAUGUAGGAUCAGAAGGGAUAAUAGGGGUACAAGCAUGCAGGGAUGCAGUUUUUGUACUAGCUAAGGAAAAAAUAUAUGUUGUUUCAUUGUUUUAGUAAUGCUAUAGCCUGCUAUAUACUAAUAAAAGAAAAUAAAUUAAAAAUACCUUAAACAUUUUACAUGUCCAAUAGCAUCAGAAAAAGUUAAUAAGUUCAUGGUAUAUAAUCCAUUGGCAAUUUUCGCUACUCUGGUUUAAUGAAAGUAAUCACCACACAAAGAUUCAAGACCCAACGCAGGGGCUAACUAGAACGAUAAAUGGGUGG